GGAUUUGCCCGUUUUAACAUGGGUUGGAAACCCCGUUCCACCCUCUUCCGUUCGCUGUCCACAAGCGAGAUGCCAGGCGUUACAGUGAAAGACGUCAAUCAGCAGGAGUUCGUCCGUGCCCUGGCGGCUUUCCUGAAAAAGUCAGGAAAACUGAAGGUGCCUGACUGGGUGGACCUUGUCAAGCUGGGUAAGCACAAGGAGCUGGCCCCCAGUGAUGAGAACUGGUUCUACAUCAGAGCUGCAUCUACAGUUCGCCACCUUUACCUCCGAGGUGGUGCUGGUGUUGGUUCCAUGACCAAGAUCUAUGGUGGUCGCAACAGGAACGGUGUGUGCCCUGCCCACUACAGUGUAGGAUCAAAGAACGUGGCCCGCAAGGUGCUGCAGGCGCUUGAGCUGCUCAAGAUGAUUGAGAAGGAUCCCAAUGGUGGUCGCAGACUAACCUCCCAGGGAACCAGAGACCUCGAUAGAAUCGCUGGCCAGGUUGCAGCUGCCGCUUUACACUGGAGCCCUUAUGUCUGUGUUUGCUCCUGUUAAAGACAGUUGUGAGCC